AUGGUUGUGUCUCUUGAUCACCUUCCCGAGGAGAUUCUUCAUUCCAUUCUAUGCCACCUGCACCCUUGCUCGGCCGCCGCGCUUGAGCAAACCAACCACCGAUUUAAGAAUGUGACCAACGGACCGCUAUUAUGGCGUCAUUACUGUGAGAUAUACUACAAGUCAUGGGACAAGAAACAUGGGAUCUUGCAAAAGCGCGCGAUUCCGGCGUCAUCUGUCGAUUGGAAGGCGCUCUUUGUAUGGAGAUACCAUAUUGACCGCGCUGUCACUCGACUUUUGGACAGUAUUCUCGCCAGUCAAACAGGACGCAUCGAGAAGUUUCGCGCCGUUAUCGAUUAUGGGUACGAUGCGAAAGACACCUUAUUGCGACAUAGUAAUGUGGAAUCGGGCGAGGAUCAUCUUGCAAGAAGGUACUAUGCGCGAGCACUCCUAACUUGCCUUCAUCGAAGCAUUGCGGUUCCAGAGUGGGCCAGACUCAGCCGCGGUGAGCCAGUGUCGCUUGAGCGUGCCUUGGGGGCUUUCGAUCUAUUUGUCCCCGAGAGUGGAUACGGUGACCUAGAUGAGGUCAGGGAAAUGCUAGAUGAGCUCGUCGCCCAAUUUAGUGCUUCUCAUCCCGAACUAGAUGAUCUUAGUCCCCGUGGCAAAGCUCUGUCGCUUGCAGCUUGGCUACGAGACCACGAUCUCACAGGAAUCGGACCAGGCCGGGGAUACCAUGUCUUGGAGCACAGUUUCCUGGGCCUGGCUCUGAGAAGCCCGGGACACAACUCCCUCCCCCUGAUUUCUGCGGCUAUCUAUUGCUAUGUGGCGCAAGCAUUUGGAUUGAAUGCCCAUCCUUGCGGUUUUCCAUUUCACGUCCAUGUCAUUGUCACCCCACCGCCUGGCUUUGACAUGGAAGGGGAAGCUCUGUCCGGAUUGAAUUCAGGCCCUCCCAUGUACUUGGACCCCUUCCGGGGAGCGCGGGAGACCCCCGUGUCCGAUUUAAGAGACCAGCUUGUUUUUCUUGGUGCUUCUGACACAGAGCAGGCGUCGUUCCUGGGUCCAUCAUUGACGUCCGAGAUCGCCCUGCGUGCAAAGUACGCCUCCUUGUGGUCCUCGAUGCUUCUUGCGGGGAACUCACGGCCCAUGGACCUGCGUCACCAACUUCCAUUGCUCAUGGAGCUUUUCGCAACGGAUUUCCCUUCAGACAUUUUUUUGGUGGAGCAAUAUAUCGUCCCUCUAUUUCAAGGCCUCUUCGAGCAUGAGCACAUCUUGGAAAGUCUCCACGUCAUGCGUGCAGCGGACGAGAUUCCCAAGCAGGUGCGCCGACGGACUGGGGAGAAUCAGAACAUUCGAUACUGCGUGGGUCAGAUUUUCCGACACCGCCGGUAUCAUUAUCGUGCUAUCAUCACUGGCUGGGAUCAUGAAUGCGGUGCUGGUGAGCAGUGGAUGCGGCGUAUGGGCAUCGAUCGGUUGCAGGCUGGCCGUCAUCAAAGUUUCUACCAUGUCCUUGUGGAGGAUCGAAGCGUUCGAUACGUGGCAGAGGAAAACAUCGACCUGAUUCUUCCCGAGUUGAGCGACUUGCCCUCAAGUCUGACGAGUAUUGCAGGGAAGCAUUUUAAGCGGUGGGAUGAGCAAAGCCGAGCCUUUGUCAGUAAUAUGAGGGAUGAAUACCCGGAUAACUAG